AUGAGCUCAACAAACGUAAAAGAGCCUAUUGAAGAAAUUAACACAAAUUCAACUCAAGGGCUAACAAUUCUACGCUUGAAACGUAAAAGAAAUGAAGAGCCUUUAGAUGCUCUUGUCGUUGAACAAUUGUUAAGGAACGGAGUUGAACAUGGCAAGAAAAAACCUAAAAAACGAGGAUCUAUAGAUAAACAACAAUUUUCGCCAUUAACAACAACGACUGAACAAGAAGUCAAGUCUCCACUAAAAGAAUCAUCGGUGCCAUUUAUGUUUAGAUUUGCUGAAACUGUUGAGAAAGUUAGCUUUAAUGAUUCGAUCAAAACUCGGCAAUUACAGGAUCGUAUUUCGAAAUUAAUUUCUAGCAAACAUAAUGUAAUAAAAAAAUUUGAAACCAAAAAAUUUCGUGAAGAUCAAAUUACAAAAUUUAAUGAGAAUAGACGUAAAGAAAGAUAUAAAGUUAUUGAUGGAAAUAGACAAAAAGGAAUUGAAUCUGUUUUCACUGAAGAUAAUGAAACUGAAAAUGAAACAAUUCAUGAUAUAUUUAUGAUGUACGAUGCUGUUAAGGAAGAAAAACCUAAUAAGAAUAUUGAGGAACCAAAUGAUAAUGAGUCUGAUAUCAUGUGUAAUUUCAUUCCUUUGGUUAAGCAAUAUCUCACAAUUCAAGAAGAUGAUAAAAAAAGUGAAGAUAAAUCAGAUGAUGAGGAUUAUGUUUAUGAUGUUUAUUAUCAAGAUGAUUCUACAAUGUUAGAUGAUGAAAUUCAAUAUCAAAAUUUUGCUACUUUAACCUGGUUCGGUGGCGAAGAAAAUCAAGUAUUUGUAAAAGAAACAAAGAACCAAGAAUUAUAUGAAUAUUCCGACGAAGAAGAUUCAAACGCUGAAGACUAUUAUACACAUGAUUAUCCAGAAGAAGAUAACGAAGAUGAAUCAAAUGAUGAUUAUUCAUCAGACGAGCAGGAUUAUUACUAUUAA